AUGCUCACAGGAGGAGCUGGUUCGGGAAAAACACAGCUUCUCUGCAAAAAACUGAUUAGUGAGUCAUCGCAAAUCAGCUGUCUGGUAGUAACAAGGCUUCCUCGUCUCUUGUCAAUGGUAAAGAACCAUGUUGAGAAGGAAAGAGACAUUCGGAACAUCACAUUCCUUUCGUAUGAUGAUCUGAUGGCGGAACUCGCCUUCAAGGUUCAGGCACCCGAGGGGGGGAAGCGUCGGUUUGCAGUCUUCUCGCAGGUGCAGUUUGGCGACGUGUCCAGUACUGGGGAGAACGCGACCAUCAGCUUUGCCCAAGAGUUUAUGAAUGUGUAUCUCACCGUGAAGGAAAGGAAGCGCAUGAAAGCUUCAAAGGUCGAAGCGUUGACUUUGUUUACAGCAAUCCGUACAAUCAAGAGCAACUCUAGGUGCCUAGAGAAACUCGAACCACUCAGCCGCGACACAUAUAUGCAGCUUCCAGAUGCAUUUGGUCUCGACCAAGAUCAACGCGCCCUAGUUUUUGAGUUGUUUGAACAGUAUCAGGAGUGGGGACAACUGGAGAUCCAAAGUGGGACGAAGCCGACCGCACUCUUACAUCUUGAAAUUCGGUGCAUCGUUGAUGAAGCUCAAGACUUCUCGGAGCUCGAUCUAAACCUUUUCGUACGCAUGAGCCGUUCAGUGAAGAGUGCUCUGUUUGCAGCAGACGGCGCUCAGAGCGUGGAGAUCGGUCUCAACAUGAGGAAAGGUACAGUACACGACGUACUCCAUGCCUCGAUAUUUGAUCGCAAGGGGCUGCACGUCAAGGACGUUCUGCAAACGAUUCAGACGAAGAUCAAUCAUCGAACGCAUGAACAGAAUUUGCGAUUGUCAAAAGCCGUCAGGAACAUGAUGACCCGUUCCUUUCAGGUGCCAGGAACUCAAGAACACGCGCUGAUUACCGGCAAGCUCCCACAGGUAUUGACUAUCAGCGGAAUGGAAGACCUCAAGAAUGAGAGCAUCUUUCGAGCCGCGAAUAUUGUGUUCCUCUGUCCGGAUGAGAUGGUCCAGGAUGUAAAGUCUUUCUUUGUUCGGAGCCAGAUAUCUUGCGAUGUUUUUGGGGUCCGGGAAGCCAAAGGAUUGGAGUAUGAUUCGGUUGCACUUUUUCAAUUCUUCGACUACUUUGAUCGGCGAAAAGACUUGGGGGAAGCUUGGCGGAACGCUUUACGCUGGAUGUUCUCCAAAACUGGAGUGACCGCCAUGAGCAGUAAUGAGUGGUUCAUGGGAAAACCUCUGGAUUCAUGCGACUACCUUCUCUCUCAUCCAGAGCUUCAGGAUCAAGCUGCCAUGUGGUACACUGCAAUCACUCGAGCCCGGAAUCGUCUGUACCUGAUUGAGGUCGGUGGCGGGGGAAGAGGACUGGGAGAUUACGCCUUCCGUUGUCUCACUGACAAAAGCCUGGCUUUGGCUGAAAGGGUUGAGUUCAUCGAUGAAGGGUUCAAAGAAAUGACGCCCCAGCAACACAAGGCUCGUGGUGUGCAACUGGUCACCCAAGCCUUUUCACUCAGCCGCGAGAAGAAACCCUUUCCGCAGGUGAAGCCAGGGGCGUUUUGCCCCCGAGAAGGGUAA